UCAGCUGUAUGAGCAUUCUUUGAUGAGAUGGCUCCGAUAGACGAGGCACAGCACUGUGUUGCGCGAUCACACGAUGGACGACAUCGGCCAAACAGCCCACCAGCCCACUUGAUACGAUUCCUUCCAUGACUACUAAUAAAAUCUGCUCAUAGUCCACAGCUUAGUUCUCCUUCAUAGCAACACACGCAUACAGCAUCAUGUCCAAAGUUAUCCUCCUCACAGGCGCCUCUCGAGGCAUUGGCCUCUCCAUCGCCCACUUCCUCCUCCAGCAGUCCCACAAGCUCACGCUUGUUGCCCGCUCCGAACCCGCCCUCCGUGAGCUCGAGAAGCAGUACCCAAACCAAACUGCCAUCCUGCCAGGCGACUUCUCCGACCUCUCACUGGGACAAAAAGCUGUAGACCUCACGAUCAAGCAAUUCGGAAAGCUCGAUGGCGUGAUUGUCAACCAUGGAGUCCUUGAUCCCGUUGCGAAGGUUGCCGACGCCAAGGCAGAAGAAUGGAGGGACGGUUUCACCAUCAACUUCUUCUCAGCUGUUGCCAUUGCGAAAGCUGCCAUUCCGCAUCUGAGAGAAAGCAAGGGAACGAUAGUCUUCACCAGCUCUGGAGCUGCGACGACUAGCUACCAGACUUGGGGAGCUUACGGAUCUAGCAAGGCCGCGAUGAACCAUCUCGCGGCCUCUAUUGCGAACGAAGAGGAGGAUAUCACAUCGAUCUCUGUAAGACCUGGCGUGGUGGAUACAGAGAUGCAGAGAGAUAUCAGAGAAAAGCAUAACACGGUCAUGACUGCCACAGACCGUGCCAUGUUCAAGGGCUUCAAAGAGGAGGGCAAGCUGUUGAAGCCCGAGCAACCUGGCAAUGUUAUUGCAAGGCUGGUCUUGGAUGCACCAAAGGAUUUGACCGGAAAGUUCGUGACUUGGAAUGGACCAGAGCUCAAAGCGUUUCAGGACUAGACAGCAUGCUUGAUAUACGAUGCUACGAUAGACUAGAUAUGAGGCACAGUGGGCAGCGACUUGACUGUCCCGCAGCCGAGUUCGACGCAAGUGCAAGUCCGCUCAAUUGGUUCGCAACGCGGGCAUUACUUUCGAAUACAAAUUACUGAACUUCGUUCAGGUCAGCAAGAUGGUCUUGUAAUAAUGUCAUGCAUUGCCAGUAAGAUAUGGUAGCUCAUUCGAAAGAUGAAAAGUAAUACAUUUUGAUCAACAUGAGGCCGAAGCCGUCAGGUUUAGCA